AUGUUAUUAAUCUUCAGAUACUGCGGCCACGGCGACGGCUGCCACUUCGCGAACGGCGGCGCGAACGGCGCCGGCGUGGAGGGCGCCGCUGGUGCUCGGGCUCUAGUUCUGCUGUCGGGCUGCGGCUCCGGGCAUCGGACCGCUCGAUACUGCGGCCACGGCGACGGCUGCCACUUCGCGAACGGCGGCGCGAACGGUGCCGGCGUGGAAGGCGCCGCUGGUGCUCGGGCUUUAGUUCUGCUGUCGGGCUGCGGCUCCGUGCGCUGGUGCCGCUCCGGAUACUGCGGCCACGGCGACGGCUGCCACUUCGCGAACGGCGGCGCUAACGGCGCCGGCGUGGAGGGCGCCGCUGGUGCUCGGGCUCUAGUUCUGCUGUCGGGCUGCGGCUCCGUGCGAUACUGCGGCCACGGCGACGGCUGCCACUUCGCGAACGGCGCCGGCGUGGAGGGCGCCGCUGGUGCUCGGGCUCUAGUUGUGCUGUCGGGCUGCGGCUCCGUGCUAUUAGAAUAA